CCGGGGCUGGAGCGUGUCUGGGUCUGGGUGCUCGGGGCGCGCGUGCGCGAGCGGUGCAGCAGCGGCCGCGGGAGGAGGGAGCUCAAGUAUUAUGGGCUGUGGGCGCUGCUGAACAAGAUGGAGCUGUCUGCAGUGGGAGAGCGGGUGUUUGCGGCCGAAUCCAUCAUCAAGCGGCGGAUCCGAAAGGGACGCAUCGAGUACCUGGUGAAAUGGAAAGGUUGGGCGAUCAAGUACAGCACUUGGGAACCCGAAGAAAAUAUCCUGGACUCCAGGCUGAUUGCGGCUUUCGAGCAGAAGGAGAGGGAGCGGGAACUCUAUGGGCCGAAGAAGAGGGGACCCAAGCCGAAAACUUUCCUGCUGAAGGCCCGAGCCCAGGCCGAGGCCCUGCGCAUCGGCGAUGUCCACUUCUCGGUCAAGCCCGGCUCCAGUGCGACCUCCCCUAAGCUGCACUCGAGCGCCGCCGUGCAUCGUCUCAAGAAAGACAUCCGGCGGUGCCACCGCAUGUCCCGGCGCCCUCUGCCCCGCCCGGACCCGCAGAGUAGCGGAGGGCCGGGGGCCAGCCCGGGCAUGAGGCCGCCCAUCUCGCCCUUCUCCGAGACUGUGAGGAUCAUCAACCGCAAGGUGAAGCCCAGGGAGCCCAAGAGAAGCCGCAUCAUCCUCAACCUGAAAGUCAUCGACAAGGGCGCCAAGAGCUCCGCGGGGGGCGCCGGCGGCGGUGCCCUGGCUCGCCCCAAGAUCCCUUCCCGCAACCGAGUCAUUGGCAAGAGCAAGAAGUUCAGCGAGAGCAUCCUGCGCACCCAGAUCCGCCAUAUGAAGUUUGGGGCCUUCUCCAUCUACAACAAGCCCUCCCCGAGCCCCACUCCACCCCCUGUGCCCGCUGGCAAGCCCGAGGAUGGGUCCUCCCAGGGCCCUGCCCCGCCACCCCGGGGGCUCAUUCUGGCCGCAGCCCCCUAUGACAUCCGCAGCUCCGGCUCCUCAGGAUGCCCCUCCCCGACGCCGCACUCCUCUUCCGACCCCGACGACUCGCCCCCCAAGCUUCUCCCGGAGACCCUCAGCCCGGCGGUCCCCGACUGGCGCGAAUCCGAGGUGCUCGACUUGUCCAUCCCGCCCGAGUCUGCCGCUACCAGCAAGCGGUCACCCCCCGGAGGAGGGGAGGGGGGCCAGACCCCUCCUUCGUCCUCGCCCCCGCCUCCCUCUUCUGACCCUGAGCAGGAGGCUGGGGACUGGCGUCCAGAGAUGUCUCCAUGCUCCAACGUGGUGGUCACAGAUGUCACCAGCAACCUCCUGACAGUCACCAUCAAGGAAUUCUGCAACCCCGAGGAUUUUGAGAAGGUGGCACAGGGGGCUGGGGCCGGGGGUGGGGGGAACAGUGGGGGGAGCAAAUGAAGGGAGUUGGGGGGUCUCUACCCAGAGGGGAGGGUUGACUUGGGCAGGGGUCGGGGAUCCUAUCCUGCCCACAUUCACUAUCGAUUUAAUCUCUGCUCCCCCCCUGCACCCACGCACUUCACCCCCGCCUGUCCUUUGCUGAUUUUAUUUGGCUUACAGGCACCCCACCUCUCUACAACCACCCCUCACCCCAGCCCCAGGAGGGGACAGGAAGAAUGGGAUUGCCUGAGCGGUGGGUGGGCAGGCACAGGACAGGCAGGAUUCUGUCUGUGGGAAGCCCAGUGCAAGUGAGGAAGGGGCAGGUGUGUGCUGGUGUUGUCAUGAAUGAGCCAGGGCUCCCUGCUCUUCCCAGCCUCUCUCCUGUCUUCUCCCAGCCACCUCUGACACACACCUGGGUCCCCACCUGUCCAAGGCUGCUGCCUCUGACAUCUCCUCAUCUGCCCCAGCAGCUUGGAGAACCCGGGCAGCCACGUUGGCGUCUGGCUAAGUCCUCCUUGGGGUUCUAGGUCCUCCCUCUUUCUCCUGCCCUCCCCCCUGCCCCCCGGACCUGGGCACCCAGAGCUCGUGUCUGUUCACUCUCGGUGCUAAACGGGCAGCUGACGGGAUGCUCUCGAGAUCUCCCCCGCUUCCCCCAUCCCCAGGUGCUAAGUCCGUCCUCAGCGCCCCCUCCACUCCUUGAUUUGGCAAUGGGGGCGGAUUUCUUCCUACCUAUUUGGGUCCCACCUCCCUUUGCUGUGGGCAGAUAUGGAGGUCGUGGCUGCCCUCUCCCCAGCAUCCAUGGCCUGAAGCUCCAGGGUAGGAGUCUCUUAUCAGUAGUGUGGGCCCUAGCCUGGGCAGCUGCACUGGGUGGGGAACUUCUGGUCACUGCUUGGCAGGGACACCCCCCUCAGCCCGCUGUCCACACGCAGACAGGCUUCUCCCCUGGUGGCCAGCCCACUCUAUCCCCUGCUAGCCCUCCUCCUUCCUAAUUCUUCUUUGGGGGAGAUGGCCUGAGAGGGUCCCUUCCCCUCCCUCCAAAGACACCCAGGAACCCAAGUGGGCCCCUCUAGUUUGUCAACCAAAGGUGCUAGCAGAGCCUUCUGGGGACACUGUCCUUCCUGUGUGUGUCCAUUGCAUCUUGGCAUGUAUGUGCCUCUGUGUGUGUGUGUGUGUGUGUGUGUGUGUGUGUGUGUGUGCGCGCGCACUGUGGGGGUGUGGGCCAUUCCCCCUCCUUCCCAGCCUUCCCCACUGCUGCCCGCACACCCUGUAUUGGUGCUCCAGUCUCUCUGUGUAUAGAAGGCUUGCUCUUCAUUCCACUUUACCUUCAUUGGCUGUGGGAGGAAUUAUUGAGCAGUACUGCCGAUAGCAAAUCUUCCAGCAUCCCCUGGGGCCUUGGGGGGGGGGGGUCCCACGAAGCCCGAGGUCCCUGGAGAUCUUCUGUCUUCUCACUGGGUCCUCGUGCAUGCUGGGUGGCCUGGUGGGACCUUGGUGGUCUUUUCCUCUUCUCUCUGGCUACCAGACCCAGAGAGCGGGCCAAGAGCUCCGCCUCCUUCUAAGAGGACGGAGAUCCCACACCUUCCCGUUCCCCCCAGGAUCCCAAUCUUUCCUGCUUCCCACAUCCCUUCCACUCUCCGUAGGCAGGAGCGGACCCUGGGUCCUUCCUUCUCUUUCAAGUGGCUUAUCUGAACGUGGGGGUGAGGACGGGGCUCCCAGGAAGGGGGAGCUGACAAAGGGAGGCUGCUGUUCUUUGCAGAUACUUUACUGUGCUUGGUUAGAAGGUAAUUGUUUGGGGGAGUAGAUGUGUCUUGUCCAAGAAGGCUGUUUGAUUCUAGAUUUUGUGUGUGUGUGUGUGUGUGUGUGUGUGUGUGUGUACAUGUGUAUAUACAUGUGUAUCUGUGUGUACGUAUGUGGGUAGGAGUAGAGUGACUCCAGAUACUAAUUAGAAAGGGAAGCAGAGAAGUGGAAAGAGAACGUAAAUAGGAAACUCCCAUCUGUCCCCUCCCUUGGAGCCCUCCCUGUUGUGUCCCCUGGCCCUCCUCAGGACUUGUUAGAAGUAAGGGCCGCUGGCCUGUGAGGGUCAGGGGACAGUGGCCCUCGGGUGGGCCUGGAUAGGGCAUGGGACAUGUGGGCCCAUCCUUUCCUUCCCCUGGUGAAAAGGACCAGAACCCUCCAUUGGCUGGUUGGCUGUCCAAGUGCCGGUCGGCUGUCCCUCUUGGAAGAGCUGGCCUCCCUCCCCACCCCUCUGAUGAAAAUUCACCUGGGCGUCCAAAUCUGGCCGUUUCCGGGGACCCUAGAAACGUGUUUUCUGAGAGUCUGUCAUUCGUGAAGUUUUUUCUUUCUUUCUUAAAAAAAGGGCGGGGGGGGGGGGAGUCGUGUUUUCAAAGGUGAUUUUAUGAUGGGAGAGUGAAAGAACUAGUUUUACAAGAAAAGAAAAAAAAGAUAGAAAAAAUAUUGUGGAAUUCCUACCGGGAGGGGGAAGAAAGAGAUAUUUAAAAAAUAAUAAUAAAUGUGAUUGCACAGCUGUGGUGGGGCUGUCAGCCAGCCGUGUGAAGGGAAGGCCGGGAGAUGAGAGGAAAGCUCUGUAAUCUUGGGAGCGGGCAGGUGGGCGGGAACCUCUCCCCUUCUCCCAGCUCCACUAGAGGUGAGUGCGCAGCCCUAAGGGAUCCGCAAAGUAUCCUCCUCCUCGGCCUAGGGGAGGAGGAAGGGCCAACGUGAGACAGCUCCCCCAUGACAGGAGAGGUCCCCAGGGUCUGAGGGUGGGGCAUGGGUGAAUGGUGCUGAGUUGGGGCUGGCUUGAAGGGUCAUGGUGGGUGGCUCCCUCUAGAGGCUAGACCUGGCCAUGCCCCAGAGGGUAGGAAGCGGGAGAGGCCAGGGCAUGGGGGUUGGGGUGAGGGUGGUGUCUUUGCAAUCCCUUGAGGAGCAAGGUCCCAUGCUUCAGGGGAGAGAGACACCACACCCCACCUCCGCCCCUGGCCAUGGAGCACCACAGUGGAAGGGCCCCAGGGAGGAAGAGGAUAAGCUUUAGAGGAAGGUCAUGUCAAUUCCUCCUUGCCCCGCCCCCAGCAGGGUUUGAUGCCCACCCAAGCCCUAGGCCCAGGAGCAGAGCCUCGGGCCUGGGGUGCCUAGCCCCCCCAGGGGGGGACUGAACGCCUCCCCUCCCAGGUUGUCUGAGCAGAGGGGUGCCCCUUCCCCAAGGCCUCAGCCGCUUGUCCCUUUGCCUCCUAACCAGGCAGAAGCUGCAGUCCACUUCUCUUUAUUUUUGUAUGCCAACUCCCCCAAACCCUGUUCUCCCCAGCCUGAUCUCGUCACGAGAGCCUUUUGGGUUCCCCCAUCGUCCCCACUGUCAUAGGAUAAAGCAGAAAUACCAAGGUCUGGUCUCCUGUGUGAGGCCGUUCCUGUCUAAACUGUGUGACUACCCCCUCCCCAGCCCCCAGAUCGCCUUCUUUUUCCCCCGUCUGUGAAAUGGGUUGGGGGCGGGGAUGUGUUUUCAAAAGCAGUAAAUGGGAGGUGGGAUCAGGGAGCAUCACUGGGUGGUGCCUGGUCCUUGCUCCCAGCAUGCCCAGCACGACAGGGUGGAGGAGAAGAGGGGCCGUGGUGGCUCUGUCCCCACUAUUUCUUAUAGCGCUUUACAAUUCUCAAAGCACUUUCCCCAUCUGUGGUCUCGCUCGGUCCUGGGGAGGCAGGCAUCAUUACUACUAUUUUAAAAUUGCUCAGCAGCCUGGUGUAGCAGAUUAGAGGCUACCUCGGAGUCAGGGAGACCUGAGUUCGUCUCAACUCUGACAUACCCUGAUUGUGUGACUCUGGGUAAGUCGCCUAACCCUUCAGGCCACAGUCAAUUCUGAGACCAGAACAUUCACCAUUCUGUGCUGGUUUCCUCAGCUCUAGUUCCCCACAUCAAUGAUAUCAAGAUCCAGUCAUCCAAAAAAUGUUUUUUAAGACGAGGGGUACUGUGGCCCAGAGAUACAAAGUACCUUACCCAGGGUCACACAGUAAUCAGCAGGAUUGGGAUUUGAACCUGGCUCUUGUGACUCCCAAGGUUGGGGACUCUUUGCCCUGCUUUGUGCUGCUUUUUGGGGGGAGGGAAAAAGAAAGUCUGGGCAGGGGAGAAGGGGACAGAAGGGAAGGCCUAGACUCUCAGAGUGGGCAUUGAGGCUAGACAGCCUUAUUUCCCCUGGUGGCGGGCAGCACUGAGCACUUGUCAGUCAUCCCUCUGGGCACCCAAUAAUGGACCCAGGCUGUUCUCUCAGAAGAGGGAGGCCAGAGAUGGCACAGAGAGCAGGGCUCAGAGGCCUGCUUCGUUUACCCUCCUGUCUUGCCCCCUCAAAGGUGGUUGUUAGGAAGAGGUGGAUGAAGGAAGCGAUGGCCCUUCUCUUUCGAGAAGGCCCCAGGGGAGGAACUAUCCAGUUGGAUUGUGGCCAGGGGCAGGGCCUCUCUCUAGGCCAGGCCUCUGCCCACUCAGUCCCAGGAGGCAUCAGGCUCCGCAGCCUGUGCCCUCUCCUUGUCCAGCCCCUUCCACCAUUUUGCACUUCUUGCCUUGGAGAGACCAGACUGGUUGGAUUCCAGCCCACCCAGUUCUCAUGCACUGGCCCAAGGUCACCUCCCCUGGGGCUGUCAGAGGCCCUCUCUGGCCCCAGCCCCCACCUUGGAAGGAAACUUGUAAAGGAAGCAUGUUCUCCACCCAGAUUUCUGAUGAAAACCUGCCCUCUGCGGCCUACCCUGCAACUUGGAACCAAGGGAAAAGUGGAGGGGUCCGUGCCCCUCCCCCGUCGCUCCCUUCUCUGUUCCUGGGAUUUGGGAACAAGGCCUGGGAGAGGGAUGGGCUGGGAGAGCCAGGCAGGGGAUGGGGAGGUGGACACGAGGCCCACCCUCCAGCUCAUGCCUUCCUGUGUGCCAACGUCUUCCAUCUGCGUGAGCUCCCAAGGGACCCCGGGUGGGCCGACGGAUUCCCUGUGCUGGAUGGGCAGAGGUGGAGACUUUGUUUUCAUUUUUAAAAGCUGAAACAACAAAAAAGAAAGAAACAACCCUUAAGAGGAAUAAUGUAUCUUUUAAUUUUUUUUUAGAUUUUUAAAGAAAAACGCAUUUAAUGAAAAGCAUUGUGCACGAAUGAAUUCUAUAUAUAAAUAUAUACACAUACAUAUCUCUCUAUAUAUUUUGGGAGGGGGUCCUGUCAUCUUUUCAUUUCCAAAAUGGAGUGUUGUUGGCUCAGUUUCCUGUGUUCGAUGUUUGAACAUCCAGCCCCCAGCUGGCUAAACUUGGCCCCCCACCCCCAGUGGCUGGGGCCGGGGGAGGAGGGGAGAGCCCCCCACCCGCUCCUGGCCUGCCUCCCUGCCUUUGUCCGCUUUGCACCUCAGCCUCUACACCCUCCCUUCCCCAACUGAUGUUUCAAGUAGAAAAACUGGUUGGUCUCGGGGUUUGGGAUUUUUUUUGGUUCUGUUGGGUUUUUUCCCUGGUUGUUUUUGUGCUAAUUACUCUUGUAUUGUACAUUUUGUUUCUCCUGCUGCUCUUCCGUAUUGUAUCAAUGCCAGGAAUGGGGAGUUAAAAGCCUAUUUUUGCCCCCCAAUAAAUUGUUACAUUCCAAAGCUUCAGGUUCUUCCGGCCCAGCCUUGGCUGCCGGCCUGUCUCUGGUUUCCUUUCUUUCUGAAGGGUGGGCUCGCUGGGGUCUCCCAGCCACGGAGACGUGCCCAGGGCCUCGCAUGUAGUAGGCACCUUAAUAAAUGCUCCUUGCCUUGAUUUAAGCCUAAUGGGAUUUCAGCGUUAUUAAUCCUCCUGAUCUUGAGAGACAACACCACAGCACCUGUGAAGGUAUGGAUGGAUCCUGAGCCAGAAGCACUGGCCAGCAACAAUUCCAGCCUCGGUUUCCUUCCUCUAGUUCUCACCUGCUCAGGCUUUAAAUAGCAGAGUCCUCUCUUUC